AUGGCGAACGGCUCAAUGUGGUUCCCAUUUCUCGUCGCUUGUAUCCUCGUCAGCUCAUCCUUUCAAUCUUUACAUCGAGACGAUGGAGAUUCGGCGGUGCCAUUCUUAACACUUGACAUGGAAAAACAUUUCCAUGGAUGUGAUCAGAACCUUGAACUGAAAAUAGCUUCUUGCCACGAUAAAGGCCUGGACACGGUUCCCCAGAAUCUUUCUGAGGAUACCGAGGUGCUUGACUUGUCUCAGAACAAUGUCACUAAACUCUUGAACUCCUCGUUUGAAGUAUACCCUCUAAUCAACUCCUUGGAUGUUUCUUCUAACGAUAAAUUGAGUUUGAAAGGAAACAACAUCCAGCAUAUUCAUGAUGAUGUAUUGUCGGGGUUGGGUCAAAUAAUAAGCAUUAACUUUGAAGGAAAUCGUAUCGCAUACCUGGAGGAGCUAAUGUUUUCAAAUAACUGGAAACUUACAAAUCUUUCCUUGGCCGACAACAGAUUAACGCGCCUAAAUCAAAGCACUUUUAAGCCGAUCUAUUCCUCCAUUUUAUCACUUGAUCUAUCAAUGAACCCAAUAAACUGUAACUGUGAUCUAAAGUGGCUCAUUGAUUGGUUGAAUAAACCUAUAAGCCUGCUCGAAAAGGAAAACACUAUAUGUUCGUCAGCAUCUCUGGAGCCUCUUCGUGAGAAACCCCUGCUUAAUUUUGAUCCAAAUAAGCUUUGCAUGAUGAACAAUGGUCUAUUCUCUCUGAUUCCCCUCGCCUCCAUUAGCUUGGUUGUAAUCAGCGUGCUGUUGUAUCACUACCGAUGGCAGUUGAGGUACAAACUCUUUCUCUUCAAACUGGCCGUACUGGGCUAUAAAGAGAUGCGAGACGCUCGAGACCACAAUGACUACGAAUUUGACGUGAACAUCAUUUUCUACGACGAUGACGAAGAUGACGAAGAAUGGAUUCGCGAACACCUUCGACCGGCUCUCGAAGAGCGACUUCCUCAGUUUCAUAGGAACGUCUUUGGUGACGAAGAUCUUGUGCUGGGUAUGCAUUACUUAGAUUCUGUCGAUUACGUGGUGAGCCAUAGUUACAAGACAAUCAUAGUGCUUAGCAGAGCUGCUGUGCACGACCACUGGUUCAUACUCAAGUUCCGGACGGCCAUGGACCACGUGAGUGACACUCUGACGGAAUUCGUAGUCGUGCUUUUCCUCGAAGACAUCCCAGAUGAUGAAAUGCCAUUCUUGGCGAGGUUGUAUCUCAGUGAUGGCAGACCCUAUAUCCACUGGACUGAGAACGUGAGAGGACAACAAUAUUUCUGGGAUGAAUUGAUCAAAAAUCUUACUAUUAAUCUAAGAACGAAUGACUUGAUCCCAAACGAGUUGAAUCAUGAACGUUAUAAGCUGAGGUCGGACGUCGAAGCCUUGUACGCCAAACCCGACAUGAACCGAAAAACAAUGAAGUCCAUCUCCAGGUCAGUCACGCUCGAGUGUGGUCGAUUAGAAAUGACCACUCCGGACCUGGACUAUGAUGAUGUUAGGAAUCCGAUGGAUAGCGUUAUUGAAAGUGCCAUUAACUAUGAACUGAAAAAAGCUUCUUGCCGCGAUAAAGGCCUGGACACGGUUCCCAAGAAUCUUUCUGAGGAUACUAAGAUGCUUGACUUGUCUCAGAACAAUAUCAGCAAACUCUUGAACUCCUCGUUUGAGGUAUACCCUCUAAUCACCUCCUUGGACAUUUCUGAUAACGAUGUAAGAGCGAUAGAAUCCGCCGCUUUUUACCCCCUCAAGGCCUUAAGGUCCCUGUAUCUAGUCUUUAGCCCGCGUCUUGUGCUUCCAUCAACAGGCGUCUUUAUGAUGUCUUCACAGCUUUCCAUUCUCGAUUUUAUCUUGGUUGUAAUCAGCGUGCUGUUGUAUCGCUACCGAUGGCAGUUGAGGUACAAAGUUUUUCUCUUCAAACUGGCCGUACUGGGCUAUAAAGAGAUGCGAGACGCUCGAGACCACAAUGACUACGAGUUUGACGUGAACAUCAUUUUCUACGAUGAUGACGAAGAAUGGAUUCGCGAACAGCUCCGACCUGCUCUCGAGGAACGGCUUCCACAGUUUCAGAGGAACGUCUUUGGUGACGAAUACGUUGUGCUGGGUAUGCAUUACUUAGAUUCUGUCGAUUACGUGGUGAGCCAUAGUCACAAGACCAUCAUAGUGCUUAGCAGAGCUGCUGUGCACGACCACUGGUUUAUACUCAAGUUCCGUACGGCCAUGGACCACGUGAGUGACACUCUGACGGAAUUCGUAGUCGUGGUUUUCCUCGAAGACAUCCCAGAUGAUGAAAUGCCAUUCUUGGCGAGGUUGUAUCUCAGUGAUGGCAGACCCUAUAUUCACUGGAAUGAGAACGUGAGAGGACAAGAAUAUUUCUGGGAUAAAUUGACCAAAAAUCUCACCAUUAAUUUAAGGACGAAUGACUUGAUCCCAAGUGAGUAG